AUGGCUUAAAAACCUAUUAAAAAGAAGUAAAUAGCAAAACCUAAGCAAGUCAAAGGAGGAAAACAACAAUAACAAGGCUUCAGAAAAGCUUAACCCGUUGCUCCAAACACCCAAAAGCUUACCGUUAAGGAAUAGAAAAAGAGAUAAGGUACUCACAAAGUCAAGAGCAUGAUCAGAUAGGCUAAUGAAGAUAGAUUUAUUAACAGACUUCUUGAGAAGCAAGAAAGAUUACAUAUUUUAAAAUCUUCAGAUGUUCUCUAAAAAGAAUAAAAACAAAAAAAGAAAGAAGAAGGCAAAUGA